UAUAACUUGAUCAACUUUCAAUGUUAUUGGCACUCACACACUGUAUGGGAGACCAUCAAGUGGCUCUUCCCAAGUGGUCAUGAGUCAGGAUGGGAACAUGGUUGUGCUUGUUUCCAUGGGGUCAAGAUGGAUAAAGCAGACAGUAUAGAGGGGGUUUGUGAGGAGUAUUGUUAUAGAAUACUAGAUUUUGCAGUGCGCACUAUAGAGAGUCAUCUCUCUAUAGGCUCGUAUCUCAUCAUUUCUACAUUGACCUUAUCACUGUCCAAAGGUAGGUGUGACCCUAUAGAGACAUAUGCUACAUGUGCGACCAUCAGCACUUAUCUGCAUUGCAUGUGCCACUUGCACACAUUAUAA